AUGCCGUCGCUGACGGCGCCUACCUCGCCGGGCGCGCGCGCGCGCUCCGUCUCUCAGCCCCUCCGUGAUGGCGUUGACCCCGACGUGUUCCGCUUCGGCACUGCAGGCCAGACCUCGCCACGCUCCUCGUUCCACCGCACCCUGUCUGCCAACACGGCUUACGGUUCGUACGGCCGCGCGUCCGGCUCUGGUCUGAGCGGACAGACCAAGGGCCGUAACCGUUCGGGGUCGCUCGUGACUGUCACCGAGGUUGGUGGCGACGAGCCCGAUAACAUCAACGACCGUCUCGGCGUUGGCGCAAACUUCAACGCCGCUUGGGUGAAUGCCCCCGCUGACUCUUUACCAGGCGCAUGGGUGAUCCACCCCGUUCUCAUCAUGGGUGCCAAGCUUCUGAUCGACUCCAUCCCCGGAAUGCAGGCCGACAUCUCAUGGACCAUUGUUAACAUUGGCUACAUGGUUCUCUCGUUUAUCAUGUUCCACCAGGUCACUGGCGUGCCGUUCGAGACCUCUGUGUCCACCGGCGGCGCUUACGACGACCUCACUCUGUGGGAGCAGAUCGAUGCCGGAGCGCAGUACACUCCUUCCAAGAAGUGGCUUACGAGUGUCCCCAUCUGCCUCUUCCUCAUCUCGACCCACUACACGCGAUACAACUACACCCUCUUUGCUCUCAACUUCUCAGCCCUCGUCUUUGUCCUUUUCCCCAAGCUGCCCAUUCUCCACCGCUUGCGCUUCCACGUCGGAUUCGGGUCCAACGGCGACGGUAUCAACACCCCAGCGCCCUCGCGACCAUCUUCGCCUGCGCCCCGGAGCCAAGCGCUCUGA